CGCAACUUUUUUAUUUUUGGUAACUCAAAAAGUCUGCUUACGAAUGAGCAUAUCAAAAUCUCUUCGAUAAUAAAGCAGGAGAAACUCCGCAACAAUGCGAUUGAUAAGCAACAGCUGUUACAACAGGGUGUGUCAUAUGAAAUUUUUCAACAACGACGCUAUUGGAAAUUACCAACAACAUACCUGACAAUUGACAAUUGACAGUUCAUUUGGUACGCAUAUUUGACGAGUUCCAAAAUUCAUAUACAUAGGUAAUUUAGUUUUCAUUCUAAAUUAGAGAGAAAUAUAGUGGUAAUGCCGGGUAAUUCAUGUUCACUGUGUAAAAGUAGUUGGAAUAAUACUGUUUCAAUGUUCUCGCCACCACGAGAUCAAUAUAUGAGAGGUAAAUGGGAAGUAGUGUGUGGCGUCAAGCUAACACAAAGUUCAAGAUUGUGCUCCAAACACUUCUGUGCAAACGAUUUUACAUCGGCAAAUCCAAAACGAGCACGAUUACAAUCAGACGCAGUGCCUUCGCUGAAUUUAUUAAGAGCAAGCCUGAAACGGAGUGAAUCGCAUGAAAAUUUAAGCGCCAUAGACAGUUAUAGAAAAAACCGGGCUUCUAUGGAACAACUCUUAUUCUUUGUAAACUUUGCAAGCAAACACCCGAAGUUACUAACAUCGAAGUUCGGCGCUGUAAGUCACUUAUGGGAAGAAUUGGCGAGCAAUUUGAAUUCAAUGGAUGGCGCUUGUCGUUCAGCUGAUAAAUGGAAAGAGUCUAUGAGCACUUGGCGCAGUCAACUAAGGUGUCGGGCACGUCGUGGCAAAAGUAGCGGUGUACCUCAAUUUGACAAAUUCGCCUUAGGGAACUUCGGACAGCGUUCACUAAAUAAGCAAGUGCAAUUAGUUAUUAAUUCCACCAAUAAUGACCCUAUUACUGAAGACGUUGCCGCUGAAAAUAUGAUCGACAGCGCAGACAAUAUUAAAGACGUGCUGAAAACGGAAUUAGACGAGAUAAAAAAAGAAAUUGAUAGCUCUGAAGAUGACAAUAGUCAUCAGGAUGAUACUCAAGCAGACGCAGCUCAUAGGUUAGAGGAAGUAUUAGACAUCAAACAUGAUAUUGUACUUUCGGAGGACAGUAACUCUACGUAUGCGGCAAAUCGCCCCAAUACAGUCGAAGACAUUCCAACAGACACAUCGCGUUCUGACAUAUUUGUUAUUCCCCGCCAAACAGUGACUAAAGAAACCGAAAAGGCAAAAAUAUUUAUUAUUCCGCGUACAUCAACUGAAAACAAUACGCCUACAACAACCGAUAAUGUUCAAAGGAAAAUUAUACAGCUCGGUCCAUCAAGUGUUUCAAAACACACAGAGAACAGUUCACAAGGAAUUAUUGUUUUGCCGCCACCAUCAAAUACUUCAAUGAUCUCAUCCAGCUUAAAAGUUUUGUCAACUUUGAAAAACAAGCACGCAUCUUCCACACAGUAUGCAACGUCACCUGAACCACAAGUACCUAGAAAUUCGACAAACGCUCCAAAAAAACGAAAAUCAGCAACACUUAAUGAAAUGUACGAAACCCUUUUGGAGAGUAUGAAAAGGCGUGACCAGCGAGAAGAACAAUUCAUAACUGUGAUGCAAGGUUUAACAGACGCUGUGACAACAAUGGCUGAUAAUGUAAAGCGGCUAGAGCAAGUUUUGACAUGCUGUGCAAAUGAUUCAUAAGGACAAAGGUAUUUCGAAAGAUUUUAUUUCGUUUUACUAUAGCUAACGCUAGGUUCACUGUCACUGUGUUUACAAACAAACAACAAUUAUUAUAGCAUAUUGUAAGUUUUGUAUAUAAUAUUGCCUAAUAAUAUUCGUACUAUCUACCCAUUUUGUCUUACUUUUCAUUGACGGCAAUACUGAUAUGCAUCUUUAAAGCACUUCUUCUGCAAUAUUUAACUGAUUUUCAUUCAGUUUAUUAGCAUAUUGAAAACUACCCAAUCUUCACUCUUUCUUACUGUUCAUUCAUGAUUGGAGAUGAGGCAAUGUAUUUUUUUAACAAGGUGCAGCUAGAUAAACAGUUUUUUUAUGAUUUCAUAUGACAAACAAAAGGGAUGACUUUGGUCACGUAGGCGCCUCAGCUGAUGGACGUUGAAAGCAUGUUGUUGUUGUUGUUGUUGUAACGGUUACCUAAUUCCCGUUGAAAGUAUCUUUCCGCUUGGCAAGUAAAAAUAAUGGAAAAUCUUCUUCCAUCCUAUAUUUGAAAUUUCAAACCAGCGUAAUUUUUCGAUUCAUUGAAUUUUGUUUACUUUUUUGUUUCGUUCUCAUUUCGUUUCAUUGCAUAUAAAGGAGGGUGUAGACAUUGACUUGUACACUCGCUACUUAAUACUUUUGUUUGCGGUAAUAUUAUAUCUACCGACCAAACUUAAACGGUCAUAAGUGAUUUUGUUUUAAGUAUAUAUUAAAAAUCGCAAAAAUACCAGAAAAAUACUUACUUUCACUAGAAAAAAAAUUGUGUAACCAUUUCGCAAUGUCAGUAUUGCAAAUGUGACAGUCAACUGACAGUUCUCGCUUUCACAAUGUUACGUCUCUACUACUUAAUAUGCAUAUAUUAUACGAUCAUGUAGUUAGCUUAACCUUUCACGCAUCCCCUCCAAAGCUUAAAUUAUAUGUGUGUGUGGGAAACCAACGAAUUUAGUAUCAUAAAAAAUGCUUAUUUAACCAAUAAAUAAUGUGUAUAUAUUGAUAUCUUUAUUGAUUUCAUAUUUUGCACAGUGACUCAUAACUUUCGACCCAUUUCAUUAAUUAUUCAAUCCUCAAUGCCUUAUGCCAAUGUAUGCUUGUAUCUUUUUUACUUAAACAAUCGAACAUUUAUUAAUUAAUCUGGCAUCUCUUUUUUAUUUGAAGUAAUCUUUUACUUUAAUAGACUAUAAUUUCUCAUACGAAUUGUCGAUUGUUAAGGAUUUGUUAUUAUUUUCACAAGAAACUUAAAUGCAAUUUCUUCACAUAAUUUUUAAAAAUAACAGUUAAUCAAGUAUUUAGUUGUAUAACUUAUGUACGGUUUACAACUUACAUAAAUAUAUGUAUGUACCGCGUAUUAGAAUCAUUACUACCGCAUUAACGCGUGCACGUACAAUGCUCACACAUACUACUACGUACAACGUACAUACAUGUAUGUAUGUAUAAUUAUUGUAACUGCAUGCAAUGCAAUAUGUUUUUUUUUGCCGGCAUUCAUCUUAAAUCUGGUAUAUAUGGUAGAGUUAGAAUUUAAAUUUAAACGAUUUCAUAUAAUUAUUUAAUUUAAACUUGACAAUUAUAAUUUCUUCAAUAAUAUACGCUAUAACAUAUGGCAUUUGUGAUUAUUGUUUUUGUUUUUUGCCACUAACAUUUAUGAUUAGCAUGAAUGGAAAGUAAGUAGGAAGCAGGGAAGGCCAUGUCAGUUGUUGUAUGUGUGUAUGUAGCUUUUAGAGAACUUAUGUCAACUUGCUGUAUGUUCUCUGCUUUUAUUGUGUAAAAUUUUCUUUUCAUCUCUCGAUUUGGUUGCGUUAUUUUCCUAUUAGGCGUCUGAUUUUUAGAAAAAGUUGCUUGGAAGGGUCAGCUGAUAACACAUUUAAAUUACUAAAUAACUCAUUGACUGAGGAGAUUUACCUUACAUUUUUUCUUCAGCUUUCUGUUUUUUUUUUUUUUUACUUAUUUACUGGAUUUACUAAUAUUUUAUUGUUUGUGUAUCAACAUAUGUAUGUAUGUGGUUUUUUCUUUGCAAUACGUAGAAAUAUAGUAUGUGUUUCAUAUAUUUAUGUACGUACCAUGUAUGUACGUAUGCAUGUGUUAUUACAAUUUAAGUUUGUUUAUUAUUAUUUUACUAAUUGAUAUUCCAGUGCUGUUGUCUUUUGUCUGUUUGUUUUCGUUUUUUUUGUUUAGUGUUUAUUAACUUUUUUGGUAAAAUCAUUUGACUGCUGAAAAUUUUUCCACAACAAACGGCGCUUUGAUUUCCGCUAUUGCUAUCGCAUGCGCGUUGCCAACUAUGUGUUAACAUGUAGUGUACCGCGCGCUGUCAGCAAAUAUUAUUUGUAGACAGUGGCGUCUGCUUUUUAAUUUAUUAUUGAUAUACUUUUUUGUUUUUUGCACAUGUGUUCCCCUUCUGCUUUUGUUUAAUUUUACCCGUCAACUUUAAUAAAUUUACAUACAUCGCUAAGUCACUUAUACAUAUGUAUAUACUUCUGCCUGAUAUUUCAUUACGUUUUGUAAAGCGUGUGUGUAUUUGACUAAUUUUACUAUAGAAAUGUCUUACUUGUCUGCACUUGGUUUUUGUGUGUUUGUUGCUAAUAUAUAAAAUUUAAUUUUUUUUAUUUGUUUAUAUUUUAGUUUUCCAUUUUCUUACUCAUAUUGCUGCUAAGUAAAUGGAUUUUCUACUUACCACACAGUUUGCUACAUGUUUUUAUUACUUUUAUUUGUUUCUAUAGUUUUUUGUUUUAGUAAUUUUGUUUCUUUUUUUGGUUUUUGUUUUGUUUAGACUUUUAAGUCUGUAUACCUUGUUUACUUUGGAAUCCCUAAAAUAGGCUUAAAACUAACUAAUCAUGUGCAGCCAAUCAGCUGUCUCCUCAACUGUCACUUGCAGUAUUUGUUGUUGUUUUUUGUAUUAAUUUUCUAAUAUUAUAUUAUUUAUUA